AUGGAUACAUUUCCAGACGAGAUAUGGAUGUCCAUAUUUUCAGAAGCUUGCAUCGACGACGGCACUACGGGACGCUGGCUGGAACUCGUUUCAAAAGACUUUCAACGAUUAUCAAAACCAUUCAAAUACCAAUCGAUUUGCUUGCGCAGAGCGAAGCAAAUCAUCACGUUCGAUUCGAUCGUGAAGAGGCUCCCUCCUGGGUUCAAUGACGUCCAAUAUCUUCACAUCACAUGGCCCAACCCCUUCCUCGAUGUUUCCGAUGAUGAAAGUGAUGACGUUUACGUGGAUAGCACGGACGAUGAAACUGCGUGGACCGACGUCGAUUCUGAUGACGAUGGUGCCACACCUUCCAGUAGUGAAAGUGAUGGCGAGGAGGGUUUCGACACUACCUCAAACGGUAGCAGCGACUCAGAGGGCGAUGAAUAUGAACCUCUCACCUUGGAAGAAGAACAGGAGAUGAUUGCGGAUGCCGAAUUCGUUAUGGAUCGGGGAGAUCUAGACACACCAGUCGAGAUCAUGGCCGGUUGCUUUUACAGUUAUCCUGCCGAGUUGGCUCGCGGAAAUCAGGAUAUCCAAAAGGCCAUACAUGGCAUACUUGCAGCUAUCGCAUCUUCGUUGCGCAUCCUGAGCAUCCACUCGGCGAAUGGCCAAGACCCCAUGUCUAUCGCAGAACUGAUCCCAUUUCCGCUGCCCGUUCUUUCAGGCCUAUUUCUUUGCUCUCUAUCAGGCUGCCCUUCAAAGUGUAUGCCCCCGCGCAUUUUCCCCCGAUCCCGCCAUACCCCCUCCCUCGCUCCGCAAUUCAGCCAAUUGCAAUUUCCAUCAUUGACACAGGCGCAUAUCGCUGGAUUUGUAUGGCCUGAGCCCCCGUACAUUGUAAUAAACACUAUCUCGCCUCAGUUGAGGCACUUGCGCCUGCAGCGAAAUCACUUGAACUGGCGUGCUCCGAGUUCUUGGGAAAAUAGGCCGAAGAGGUCAAGCCUUUUCCUCUAUGUUGACUCACCCACCCGAACGCCGGCCGCCAGAGAGGCAGUAGACAUAUGGAAGAAUGCGAGAGAGCUUGAAGAUCAUUCGACGUUCGCCAGCCUCAUCGGCAUGGAGUCACCAGAGGAUUAUUUACCUGAAAGGUGGGAGAGGAGAUGGUGUACACAAACACGCGGCCGAUUAGACGUUUCUGAGUGGUUUGCGGGUGACAAUCGCUUCGAUGUAGAUCUUGAGACGGGAGCCCGCAAAACUAGCUAA